ACACACAUCGCACAGGUUAGUUUAAAAUAUAUGUUGUGUACGAUUUUUGAUAAUUUAGCAAUCAUUACCAAAAAAACAAUACAAAUGAAUAAAUAAUAAAAAAUAUAUGACAUGCUACGACAUUCUUGUUUUAAACGCAGCUUUUAACACAUCGGUAUUACCUAGGCUAGUGCGGUCAUGUUUAAAGUGCCUCCUCCAGAACCACCAGGUGGCGCCAUCGAGGCCGGAGGUGGUUGUUGUUCACUACAAUAACACUCGAAGAAGAGCCAACUUCCGUCUUUACUCGCUCUAUUGAUAUUUCUGUCCAGAAAACUAAGAACAAAUAUACAUUUUCCUGUUGAAAACACAAUUUAUUCGUACAUCUGAGGCAGGGGAGAGGAGGGGGGUUUUAAUGUGAAGCCUAAAUGUUAAAAGAGAAAGCGAUGUCUGUGGUCUGUGACGCGAUGCAGACCUCCCACCCGCACCCGCCGCCGAGCGCCCUGAGCGUUUCUUCCGCUCCUAGUGCCCAGGAGCUGUCCCAAGAGAUCAAGUCCUUCAUCAGCGGUGUGGACUCGGUCCAGGGCCGCAAACUCAGCGUCCGAGAGCACGCCCGCUGCGCCGUCCGUCUGCUGCGCUCCGUCCCGGCCUGCCGCGGGGCGGUCCUGGAGCACUUGAGGGGCGUGUACGACGAGCAUGUGUCUGCCUUCCUCCACCACCUGGAGACGGAGGGCGACGGUAGUGGCGGGGUCAGCUCCAACCUGGAGGACAUCAUACAAGAGGUUCACGGGGUGCUGUCUGAGUUCAUCCGCCUCAACCCGCGGGCCUGGGCCCCUCUGGUGUCCGCCUGGGCCGUGGACCUGUUGGGCCAGAUGAGCAGCAAGCACGCCGGCCGCCGCGCCACGCCUCACUCCUCCAGCCUCAACGAGCUGCUGCAGCUGUGGAUGUCCUGCGCGGCCACCCGCUCCCUCAUGGAGGCGUACUCCCAGUGCCUGGCCGCCAUGCUGGCCUGGUGCCCCGACGCCUGCGUGGACGCCCUGCUGGACACCUCCGUCCAGCACUCGCCCCACUUCGACUGGGUGGUGGCGCACAUCGGCUCGGCCUUCCCCGGGACCAUUAUCAGCAGGGUGCUGGCCUGUGGCCUCAAGGACUUCUGCUCCCACGGCUCCACAGACCCGCUGCUGGCCCCGGCCGGGGGAGGAGGGGACAAGGGGAGCCGCGUGCCCAAGAUCGGCUCGGUGGUGGGGAUCCUGGGGCACCUGGCGGCGCACCACUCGGAGAGCAUCCGCAAGGAGCUGCUCCGGAUGUUCCAGGAGAGCCUGAGCCCCUCCGGCCCGCUCUCCCCGUCCUCCUCGGCCUCCUCCUGGGAGAGCUCGCCGCAGCUGCGCCGCUCGGCGGUGCCCUUCCUGCUGCAGCUGGCCGCGCUGUCGCCCACCCUUCUGGGCGCCGUGUCGGCCCAGCUGGUGGAGCUCCUGCGCCCGCCCAUCCUGCUGCAGCUGCAGGCUCUGCUGCUGGGCCUCCCCAGGGAGGAGCUGGAGAACAUGCUGGGGCUGGCCGUGCACCUCAUCAGCCAGAGCCCCGCGGGGGGCGCCCGCGUCCUGCGCUUCCUGGCCGACACGGCCACGCCCGCGUCGGUCAUCAUCUCGGGGCCGACGCCCUCGCCCCUGGACGGGAUCCGGGAGGCCUGCGACCGCCUCCUCCAGAUGCUGCUGCUGCAUCUCCACAAGCUGGUCUACAACCGCUCCGACGGCAGCGAGGCCAUGGGGCCCUCCCACCACGCGGCCUCCGCGGCCCCGCCCCAGAGGGUCGUCCCCUUCCUGGAGGAGCUGCAGGCCCACGUGGGCGAGCUGUGCGCCGAGACCCUGCGGCUGGAGCGGAAGCGCCACCUGUGGCUGCACCAGCUGCUCUGCCUGCUGUCGGUGUACGGCGGCCCCAGCGUGGCCACCGAGGCGCUCUGCCAGCUGCUCACCCAGGCCCGCAACCCCGAGGAGCUGGCGCUGGCCUGGCAGCUGCACACGCCGCUGUCCGCCUGCCUGCCGGGCCUCAUCCCGGCCGCCGUCGGCCGCUGUGUGGCCCAGAUCCACACCCACACCCUGGGGCCCCGCCCGCUGAGGCAACUGCUACUCAACCUUGCGGCGGCGGUGCAGAGCCAGGACGAAGAGCGGCGGGGGGCGGGGCCGGUCGCCCAGGCCUCCAUGGCCGUCCAGGUGGGCGGCGCCGUCUCGGGCCACCUGCACGACUUCGGCCCGCUGCUGCUGCACGGUGACCCGGCCGUGUCCCACGCCGCGGCCCGCCUCCUGUCCACCAGCCCUCUGCCUCGCCGCGCCGCCGCGCCCGCACACCUGCUGCAGCUGUGCCGCGCGGCGGUGGCCCACUUUUUUGUGGCGCUGCGGCGGCGCGGGGAGAGCGGGUCGGGGCGGGACGGCGGGCAGGCCGGCGAGGCGGUGGGCUGCUCCGCCCUGCUGCUGGCGCGCCUGGCGGCCUACUCGUCGCUGGCGCUGAAGGCGGUGCUGCAGCAGCUGGUGGAGGGCGCGCUGCACAAGGGCAACGCCGAGCUGUUCGGGGGGCGCAUCGCCGACAUGGCCGGGGACACCCCGCUCUCGCCGUCCCUGACCCCCGACCUCGGCGCCUCGCUGCUCGACACCAACUGCCGCUUUGGCAGCGCCGUCAACUUCUCGGGCAGCGUGUGGUCCGUGUUCCACGCCGGCGUGAUCGGCAAGGGCCUGAAGGUGCGGGCCGCCAAGCCCCCCCGCGACCCGGCCACCGUGGUGCAGAACACCCAGACGCUGCUGGCCGUCACCGUCCAGUGCUGCAGCUCCUCGCCUCUCAACGGCGGUGCCAACGGCUCCCAGCGCCAGCCGACCCCCGACCCCGACGACCCCCCGCCGCCCAUCAACGCGGAGGCGGCCAAGGUGGUGGCGAUGACCCUGGUGGAGAACAUCUGCCCCGACGUGGCCAACGGCGAGCUGUCCUGGCCGCCCGAGGAGCACGCGCGCACCACGGUGGAGCGCGACAUCCACAUCCGCCGCUGCUUCGAGGCGCACCCCGUGCUGUUCCCCCUGCUGCAGGUGGUGGCGGCGGGGCGCCCCGCCCUCUGCUACCUGUCGGCCGUGCUCCGGGGGCUGCUGGCCACGCUGCUGGCCCACUGGGAGGCGUCACGCGAGGCCUUGGCCACGGACUCGCCCUGGCACCUGCAGGCCUCCUGCCUGCUGGUGUCCUGCAUGGGCGAGGGCCAGCUGCUGCCCCCCGUGCUGGGCAACGUGCACGAGGCCUUCCCCCACCUCACGCCCUUCGAGGUGCGGCUGCUGCUGCUGGCGCUGUGGGAGUACGUGCGCGGCAACGGACCCAUGCCCCAGAAGUUUGUGUUCAGCCCGGAGAGGGGCCUGUUCUGCAGGGACUUCUCUCGGGACGGAGACGUGGCCCGCUACGUGGCGCCCAUCCACAGCGUCCUGCACAAGAACAUCGACCGGCUCGGACACCUGUGCUGGCGCUUCCAGCUCUGAGCGCCGGCGAGGGACUUGAAUCUGAGUCAGAGACCUCUCAAGAGGAAGAUAUUUAACUCUGUUCUGGAUUUGUAUGGGGGGGUGGGGGGUUGUGAAGUUAUCACUGUAUCUAGGUUCCAUUCAACGGUUGCUCUUCCCAUGUUUGUGUAGUUUGUAUACUUUUUAGGUUUUUCUUUUACCAAGGAGUCAAAUAAAAAAAUUGGCAGAGUAAAUGACACAUUUGUAUUUUAUAAUGAAUGCAAAAUAUGUUCCUGAUGGUUUCCUAUUCCACACCAAACAGCCUUAACAUGUUACCUCGGCUGUGAAAACGUUUGUGUUGUCAUUUAUACAGCGUAAUUUCCUUAAUGACAUGGAUUUAGUAUUAAGAUUGUCAAGAGUGUUGAACCAGCAUUUUCUUUGUGAAGCGCCUACUGUUAACUCAACAAUUUUAGGAAAAAUAAAUUUGAUUUGGUCUUUAA